ACCGCCCCUAAUUUCUCGAACUACAACAAAUAUCCGUCGUCUUCUCGACUUUUUUUUUCCCAUUCCUUCCAGAACAUCCUCAUAACCAACCUAAGUACCUUGGCAACUUGGGAACAUUAUCUGGUCUUCAAUUGAGGGAAGGGUCAUUUCGAAGACGUCGAUAUUUCCGUAAUUAGUCCACCAUGGCUACAAUCAAUGCUACCGUCGUCGGUGCAUUCACCAAUUACGACACGUAUAUGGGUGUUUUCGAGGAGGUUUCUAAGUACAAUGUCCAACUCAACAUCGUAGAGCGCUUGUGGGCUGCAUGGUAUCUAUGGAUGCAGAAUGAUACGCUAGCGACGGGAAUCAUGAGCUUCUUGAUGCACGAGAUCGUCUACUUCGGCAGGUGUAUACCUUACAUGGUCCUCGACUGCAUUCCCUACUGCAACAGAUUCAAGAUUCAGAACCAGAAGAUUCCGACAUGGAAGGAGCAAUGGGAAUGCGCUGCCCUAGUUCUUCUCAGCCAUGUCACUGUCGAACUUCCUCAGAUUUGGCUCUUCCACCCUAUCGCUACAUACUUUGGCAUGGACUACGGCGUUCCCUUCCCUAAGAUUCAGACGAUGGCCCUGCAAAUCGCUGUCUUCUUCGUUAUGGAGGAUGCGUGGCACUACUGGCUCCACCGGGCUCUGCACUACGGCCCUCUGUACAGGAUGAUUCACAAGCUUCACCACACUUACUCCGCACCCUUCGGUCUCGCCGCUGAGUAUGCUUCGCCAAUUGAGACUAUGCUUCUUGCGCUCGGAAGCGUCGGAAGCCCCAUCUUAUGGGUCUCUAUCACCGGCGAACUUCACCUAUUCACCAUGUACGUUUGGAUCAUCGGCCGUCUCUUCCAGGCCAUCGACUCGCACAGUGGAUACGACUUUCCCUGGAGCUUAAGGCAUUUCUUCCCCUUCUGGGCUGGUGCUUUCCACCACGACGUCCACCACGAGAAAUUCAUCGGCAACUACGCCUCUAGCUUUACAUGGUGGGACUGGAUGCUCGACACCGAGUCUGGCCCCGAGGCUGCCAAGCGCCGUCGGGAGAGGAUGCUGGCCAAGAAGAUGACCAAGAAGGCUCAGUGAAAGGCUCAAAUAUCCUCGCAAUGGGACAUGAUUUGGGAUAUGAGGCGGGUCAGCUAGUGAUGACUUUACGCCAGUCCCUUUGAGAACACUUGCUCCUGGGUAUCAGAAAUUGCUGGCCACUGACGGAGGACAAGUUUACCAAAUUGCACAGACGCAGCACCUAGUGGCCCCCCAAAAAGCCAUUCUACGAUUUGCGUCGAUCGUUAAUACUAUAGACUCGGACUGGCUGCCCUAAUACACCUUGUAAUUAAUAAAUAACGAAGAGAAGAGAAAGCUACUAGCAUAGAUUAAUAUCAAGCUCGGCGUCCUUCAAUGGAGCCAAAGCAAAGUUCACACAAAU